GUAGAAAGGCAACAUUCACCUCAAAAAACUCUCAGUCGAGUCCAUCCUGGCCAUUGUUCAGGCUAUGACCAUGCUCAACAUUCAGUAUGGAGACUCCGCACGACAGGAUGAUGCCCAGAAGUUGAUGCACAUGGCGGAUACCAUUGAAGAAGGCACGAUGCCCAAGGAGAUGUCCGACAUCAUUCAGCGUUUGUGGAAAGACUCGGGCAUCCAAGCCUGCUUUGAACGUGCCUCAGAGUACCAGCUCAAUGACUCUGCUGGCUACUACCUUUCAGAUCUCGAGCGUCUGGUGGCUCCAGGGUAUGUGCCCACUGAGCAGGACGUGUUGCGUUCUCAUGUCAAAACCACUGGCAUCAUCGAGACACAGUUCUCCUUCAAGGACCUCAACUUCAGAAUGUUCGAUGUGGGCGGGCAGCGGUCCAAGCGCAAAAAGUGGAUCCACUGCUUUGAUGGUGUGACCUGCAUUAUUUUCAUCGCCACAUUGAGCACUUAUGACAUGGUGCUGGUGGAGGACAAUGAAGUGAACCAAAUGCACGAGAGCCUGCACCUGUUCAACAGCAUCUGCAACCAUCGCUACUUCGCCACAACAUCCAUUGUGCUCUUCCUCAACAAGAAGGACGUUUUCUCUGAGAAGAUAAAAAAGGCACACCUCAGCAUCUGCUUUCCCAAUUACGAUGGACCUAACACUUACGAGGAUGCCGGCAGCUACAUCAAAGUGCAGUUCCUCGAGCUUAACAUGCGGCGUGACGUGAAGGAGAUCUACUCUUACAUGACGUGCGCCACCAACACACAGAAUGUCAAGCUCGUCUUUGAUGCUGUCACUGACAUUAUCAUCAAGGAGAACCUCAAAGACUGUGGGCUCUUCUGAGAUGGGAUCCUAGCUAGCCAGAUCUUCCACCGUCCUUCUCAAUGCCAGAAAUCAUGUGUGACCCUUGCUCUGAGACUCUGUAGCCCAGCUGCCCUGUAGUCCCCUCCAAUAACUCCUGUGCCUCAACCUGCUGCUCUCUUAGCCACACAUACAAAGCCCUGAGGCUUGAAGUGCGGACCCUCCCCUAGGUCCCCAACCCCGCCCUUC